AUGUCCAUCCCAGAACCGAAGAACGGCACGCUCCGGCUAGGCUCGACGGCGCCGAACUUCACAACCGACACGUCCGUCGGCGAGGUGACCUUCUACGACUACGUCGGCAAGGACAGCUGGUGCAUUCUCUUCUCGCACCCGGACGACUUCACGCCCGUGUGCACCACCGAGCUCGGGGCGUUUGCCAAGCUCGAGCCGGAGUUCGCCAAGCGAAACGCCAAGCUGAUCGGGCUCAGCGUCAACGACAGCGACUCCCACCGCGCGUGGAUCCGGGACAUCGACGAGAUCACCGGCAGCCGCUUGCAGUUCCCCAUCAUCGCCGACCCGGAGCGCAAGAUCGCCCUGCUCUACGACAUGAUCGACUACCAGGACGCCUCCAACAUCGACGACAAGGGCGUGCAGUUGACCAUCCGCUCUGUCUUCAUCAUCGACCCGGCCAAGAAGAUCCGCUUGAUCAUGACCUACCCGGCCAGCUGUGGCCGCAACACCGCCGAGGUCUUGCGCGCCCUCGACUCCUUGCAGACCUCCGACAAGCUCAGCCGCAAGAUCACCACCCCGAUCAACUGGGUCCCGGGCGACGAUGUCAUCAUUGCCCCGAGCCUCUCCGACGCCGAGGCCCGGGCCCUGUUUCCGAAGUUCCGGGCCAUCAAGCCCUACUUGCGCUUGACCCCGCUUUCGAAGGACCUCUCCCACGCCUGA